UGUCCAUUAAUAUGAAGAUUAAAAUUAAGCUUAGUAUCCAUUGUGAUACCAAGGUCCACAAAAUUGUAUACCUGUAGUGCGAUUCACUACGCUAUUUUAACAACACUUUUUAUUGUUAAAGCAACUAAACGACAAUAUAGCUAUUCAUUAAACGUUUCCUUAACAACAUUCGUUAGCACAAAAUCAGCUAUUGUCGGUAACGAUAACAACGGCCGCUAAUUUGACAUCUAGUUUGGUGUUGUUACAAAAAACAUAAAUAAUUCGAAAGCGCAAAAAUAAAAAAUUAAGUGAAAAAAUGUCAUUUGAGUACCUCGCUUAUAGUUUGUCGCGUAGUCAGCAGCAGUUUAACGCAUUGAGGGUGGAUCGGCGUAUGUUGCAGAGUGCGGACAAUCCGUUUGAAUUGCCACCAACAGAGCUCCGGAAAUUAUACCGGCUAGGACCCAACUUGGCAGCCGAUCUGGUUCAACGGUUGGAAGUGUAUAUAUAGAAGGCUCGAGAGUAAAUGCUAUAUCCGCCGAAAAGCAGGCUCUGUCUACUUUGCGCUUUUAUGCCACUGGGUGCUAUCAACGACCUGUAGGAGAGCAGUGGGGCAUUUCGAUGAGCCAGUCAUCCAUAAGCCGUUGUAUUCAUCGUAAGACAGAGGCAAUUAACAACCACUUGUUUUUAACGGAAGUCAAGUUCCCUAUGACGCAAAUGGAAUGUUAAGCUGCCAGAGAAGUAUUUUCCUCAGUGCCUUUUGUGGGGGGAACUAUUGGGGCGAUCGAUUGUACCCGUAUUUCUAUUUUGGCUCCGAAAAAUGAGGAGGCGUACAUCAACCAUCCUGGAUACCACUCAUUAAAUGUACAAAUGAUAUGCGACCCGAACUUGAAAAUUUUAAACGUGAAUGCGAAGUAUCCGGGAGCACGAGAUGACUCCUAUAUUUGGAGCUCCUCUGCAGUGCGGAGAGUGAUGCAGCGUUCGUACGAGAAUGGGAACCACAACUUGUUUUUAAUAGGUGAUUCUGGAUACCCCCUAGAGCCGUGGCCUAUAACGCCGUUACAAAACCAACCGGAGGGGUCUCAUAAAUUUCGCUAUAAUGAAGCGCUCUGCAAGGUUGGGAAUCCCAUCGAAAGACUUUUCGGCGUCCUCAAAGGAACUUGGCGAUACCUUUCGCAAAAAAGGGUUCUUUUGUACGAUCCCGGGUUUGCUGGAAAAGUCGUCAAUGCGUGCGCAGUACUGCAUAAUAUUCGUUUGGGAGAGCAGCAAACGAACGAACAUGACAACUUUGCAACCGAAAGUGGGGCAGACAGACUUCUUGAUAACUCUAAUCGUCAUCUUCCGUUGCGAAACGCAUCCAAGACAGAUUAACUGCGAUCAAAAUUUCAAAUAUAUACCCCAUUACCAAAUUAUAGCCCGACCACAUAUAGGCAAGUUUUAACUAACUAUUUGUUUGUUAUUUAAUUUAUAUUACUUUUUUUAAAUAUGUAGUAUAAUGUGCAACUAAAACAGUAUAAAUUCAAGUUUCAAACCUUGUGCAAUAUUUAA